CGGCCGCCGCCCCCGCCCCGGACCCGCCCCCUCUCCGCAGGAGCCGCUCGGUACCCGAGGCUGGGUGGCGGGUAGUUCCCGCCCGGCUCUGCGCGCCCGCCUCGGGGGCUUGCUCGGGAGAGGAAGGGGCAGCGGGGCGGCGGCGGAGGUCGUGCGGGAGCCCUCGGCCGCGGCGGCGCAGACCCGGGCCAGGGUCGAGCCGCGCGGAGCUGCGCGCGCGUCGCCACCUUUCCCGCCCGCCGGGCUGCGUCCUCCCGGCCCCGCGGGCGGCGGACCUGCGCCCUCCUGCCGGCGCCCGGCUCCCGCGGCGAGCUGCCCCGGCCGGCUUCCCUUUGUCCGCCCGGGCCGGGAAGGGGCUGCGGGCGCGGCGGCGGCGGCGGCGGCGGCGGCGGCGUCUGUGCGGUCGGUGCCCGCGGCGGCUGAGGCGGCGGCGGCGGCUCUCCCGCUCCCGGCCGCCGGCUUCCCCGCGCUGAGGCGAUGCCGGACCAGAUCUCCGUGUCGGAAUUCGUGGCCGAGACCCAUGAGGACUACAAGGCUCCCACCGCCUCCAGCUUCACCACCCGCACUGCCCAGUGCCGGAACACGGUGGCGGCCAUCGAGGAGGCUUUGGAUGUGGACCGGAUGGUUCUUUACAAAAUGAAGAAAUCUGUGAAAGCAAUCAACAUCUCUGGGCUGGCUCAUGUGGAAAAUGAAGAGCAGUACACCCAAGCCCUGGAGAAGUUCGGUGGCAACUGUGUGUGCAGAGAUGACCCAGACUUAGGAAGUGCGUUCCUGAAGUUCUCCGUGUUCACGAAGGAGUUGACGGCACUUUUCAAAAACCUGAUUCAGAAUAUGAACAACAUAAUUUCCUUCCCUCUGGACAGUUUGCUGAAGGGAGACCUGAAGGGAGUCAAAGGGGACCUGAAAAAGCCAUUUGAUAAAGCUUGGAAGGACUAUGAAACAAAAAUAACCAAAAUAGAAAAGGAGAAAAAGGAGCACGCCAAGCUCCAUGGGAUGAUUCGUACUGAAAUAAGUGGGGCUGAAAUUGCUGAAGAGAUGGAAAAGGAGAGACGGUUCUUCCAGCUACAGAUGUGCGAGUAUCUGCUAAAGGUCAAUGAAAUUAAGAUUAAAAAAGGAGUGGAUUUACUUCAGAAUCUGAUCAAAUAUUUUCAUGCCCAGUGCAAUUUUUUCCAGGAUGGACUGAAAGCCGUUGAAAGCCUCAAACCUUCCAUUGAAACACUUUCAACAGAUCUUCACACAAUCAAACAGGCCCAGGAUGAAGAAAGAAGGCAGUUGAUACAGCUUCGAGAUAUUUUGAAAUCAGCAUUGCAAGUUGAACAGAAAGAGUCUAGGAGAGAUUCACAAAUUCGCCAGAGUACAGCCUAUAGCUUACACCAGCCUCAGGGAAACAAAGAACACGGAACUGAACGGAAUGGCAACCUCUACAAGAAGAGCGAUGGAAUCCGAAAAGUGUGGCAGAAAAGGAAAUGCUCAGUUAAAAAUGGUUUCCUGACCAUAUCCCAUGGUACUGCUAACCGUCCCCCUGCGAAGCUCAACCUGUUAACUUGCCAAGUGAAGACCAACCCCGAGGAGAAGAAGUGCUUUGACCUUAUUUCACAUGACAGAACGUAUCACUUCCAAGCAGAAGAUGAGCAGGAGUGUCAAAUAUGGAUGUCGGUGCUGCAGAACAGCAAAGAGGAAGCUUUAAACAAUGCAUUUAAGGGAGAUGACAGUACUGGAGAAAAUAACAUAGUCCAAGAGCUGACGAAAGAGAUCAUCUCGGAAGUGCAGCGGAUGACGGGCAACGACGUGUGCUGUGACUGCGGGGCGCCAGAUCCCACAUGGCUUUCCACCAACCUGGGCAUUCUGACCUGCAUCGAGUGCUCCGGAAUCCACCGAGAACUGGGGGUUCACUACUCCAGAAUGCAGUCGCUGACGUUAGAUGUGUUAGGAACGUCUGAGCUUCUGCUUGCUAAGAAUAUUGGGAAUGCUGGCUUUAAUGAGAUCAUGGAGUGUUGCCUACCAGCUGAGGACUCGGUCAAACCCAACCCAGGCAGUGACAUGAAUGCAAGAAAAGACUACAUUACCGCCAAGUACAUUGAGAGAAAAUAUGCAAGGAAAAAACACGCGGAUAAUGCAGCAAAACUUCAUAGCCUUUGUGAGGCUGUGAAAACAAGAGACAUCUUUGGAUUGCUCCAAGCUUAUGCUGAUGGUGUUGAUCUUACAGAAAAAAUCCCACUGGCCAAUGGACAUGAACCAGAUGAAACUGCCCUCCAUCUUGCAGUCAGAUCUGUGGAUCGAACUUCCCUUCACAUUGUUGACUUCUUGGUUCAGAACAGUGGGAACCUGGACAAACAGACCGGGAAAGGCAGCACGGCCCUGCACUACUGUUGCCUGACCGACAACGCCGAGUGCCUCAAACUUCUCCUCCGCGGAAAGGCCUCCGUUGAAAUAGCUAACGAGUCAGGGGAGACACCGCUGGACAUAGCCAAGCGCCUGAAGCAUGAGCACUGUGAGGAGCUGCUAACACAAGCCUUGUCUGGAAGGUUUAAUUCUCACGUUCACGUCGAGUAUGAAUGGCGACUGCUCCAUGAAGAUCUGGACGAGAGCGAUGAUGACAUGGAUGAGAAAUUGCAGCCUAGUCCCAAUCGACGAGAGGACCGGCCCGUCAGCUUCUAUCAGCUGGGGUCCAGCCAGCUCCAGCCGAAUGCCGCGUCCCUGGUCAGAGAUGCCGCAAGCCUUGCCAAGGACAAGCAGAGGAGUUUCGUGCCCAGCAUCCUGCAGAAUGAGACGUACGGCGCCCUCCUGAGCGGCAGCCCACCGCCCACCCAGCCGGCAGCCCCCAGCACCACCAGUGCCCCCCCACUCCCUCCACGGAACGUCGGCAAAGUUCAGACAGCCUCCUCAGCUAACACCCUGUGGAAGACAAACUCUGUAAGUGUGGACGGUGUAAGCCGGCAGCGAUCUUCGUCAGAUCCGCCAGCUGUCCACCCACCGCUGCCCCCUCUUCGCGUGACAUCUACCAAUCCCCUGACUCCCACGCCACCCCCUCCUGUAGCAAAAACGCCCAGUGUGCUGGAAGCCUUGAGUCAGCAGAGCAAGCCGGCCCAGCCGGGGGUCCCGCAGGGCAAGCCCACGCCGCCGCCCCUGCCUCCCCAACCGCCCAGCCGCCUCCCGCAGAAGAAGCCCGCUCCCGGGGCUGACAAGUCGACCCCACUGCUCAGCAAAGGCCAGCCGAGAGGACCAGUGGCUCUCUCUGGAACAGAAGCUCUGGGUUCCCUGUCCAGCACGUUGGCCAUGCAGCCACCAGCACCCAUGCCCAGGAAGUCACAGAUUACAAAGUCGAAGCCCAAGCGGGUCAAAGCGCUUUAUAACUGUGUGGCCGACAACCCAGACGAGCUGACCUUCUCCGAGGGAGAUGUGAUCAUUGUGGAUGGGGAGGAGGAUCAGGAGUGGUGGAUUGGCCACAUUGAUGGAGAUCCCAGUCGCAAAGGAGCGUUCCCUGUAUCAUUUGUGCACUUUAUUGCUGACUAAACUGCUACUGAACAGAAACCUUUCUUUUAACAGUUGUUAUUUAUGUUCCUGUUUCAUUACUGGUACCAGCUGCCAGGCAACCAGUUUCAUGAAUUGUAUUGUAUUGUAGCCCACUUUCUCUAAGGCCAUUGUUCUGUUUUAAAACUCCAAAGGCAAUUUUUAUACAUAAAUGGUUUUUAUAAUUUACGGUAUUCAUGAAACAUUGCUGUACUUUUAAUAGGAAAAACUGAAUUUCCUAGAAGGUGAACUGAAAAGUUGCUUUUAACUACAUAAUCAAGAUCCUGAAUUUAAACCUGAAAAUGUUUAAAUUAAGAGUACUGGAAAUAAAUCUUCAGUGUGCUUUCCUUGGCCUGAUUCUGGAGACAGUGACCUGUAGAGCAAUUAUUAUUUUAGGGAGCCAGUAAAAUGUUGCUUAGAAGUCCAUAGCCCAGCCCUGGACUUCCGAUAAAAUGCCGUCAGUUCACCUUUAAGGGACGUGUGUUCCUUUGAAAUCAAGCCUAUGUUCGUUUAAGGUAACUCGGAAAUUUACACAUUAGUGUUGCACUUCCUAGCUCUCAUUUGUGAGUUGCAACUCUCCUUAUAUCCUGCAUGUGUGUAUAACCUGUUAUUGUUAGCAACCACACUUAAUAAAAAAUGAUGGUUUAUUACAACAUAUGGUAAAAAGCAGAUAAUUCAGUUCCAGGAGAUUAUGUAAAAACUGUAUUUCCUGAAUUUGGUUAAAAACUAAGGAUGAUGGAUUGCAAAACAGUUCUUUAAACUAGUUAUAUGCUUUAGAUUUUUUGGAAUUUGCCUUCUUGAACUUCCUUGAUCACACAGAAAGCAAUUAUACACAAAUAGAAUAUUGUGGUGCAGGCCAUGAUAUAUUAACACAUCUUAAUUGCUGUUUCCUAUUGAGUGUACUGCCUUCCCUUCCUAGCACAUGAGAAUGUUUACUCAGUUUAGUGUCUUGCCUGUAUAUACUGUAUCAACAGGAAUGGUAGUUACACUGUCUUGAAACCUAAUCUGUCCAUUUAUUUGUAAAAUCAAGUUUAUCAGAAAUCUGUAGAUCCCAGGUAAACAAAAUACUCCCAAACAUCCCGAUUUUAGUAUUAAGUCCAUCAUAUCACACUCAAACUUUAGCUGUGGGGGUGGGGGGAAUUAGGUUGUAUAUGAUAAAAUCAAAAUUCAUUAGCUUAAUAAACUUGACUGUCAUACCUCUAUUUACUAAUUGUGAGCAUAAGCUUCAUACUAGGAAUAUUGGGAAUUUUGGCACUUCUUGAGAAUAAACAGGCAUACGAUGCCCACUUGGAUUUUUUCAAAAAGUAAAGGAAUAAAUUUAAUAUAGGUUUGGAAAGCGAGGCAACAGUGCUACGUUGCACUUGUGACGAUGGUACAUUUGAUUGAAGCAGCCUUUACCAUGCAAGACUCUUGUAGGUGUAGUUUUCUUUUUGUUUUUUUUUAAAUGCAUUGUUAUUUUUUGUUGCUAUCAUAAAGACAGAAAAAACUGGAAUGUUUUAUGAUGUUGUACAGCAAUUGCUUUUUGCCUUUCAAAGUUCUGGGUGAAAAAUGUGUUAGAUCUGUAAUUAAAGUCUUUUUUUAAAGCACUACAUCUAUUUUCACUAAUUGUUAAUUUCCAUUGUUUUGAACCCUUCAUUUAGUUAAUUCUCCCAUAAGUUUAAGAAAGUAAACAAAUAUAUUUUGCACAGUGCACUUCUUAUGUAUAUUUUAACACAAUCCCCCAGCAUCCUGUAUCUUCUAGUCAGCUUUUUGACUGCCUGGUGCCAGCUAGCUAAGGAAUUAAAGUUGAUUCAUAUCAGUAUGUGAACUCCAUUCCCAAACAAAUCUAUCAGGUUCACUGGUACAUGAAUAUCUAGGAAAUAUUUUUCCAUUGUACAAUUUGGUGGUGCUAUUGUGCAGUAAUUAUUAUUAUUCUUGCCAGAGAAAUUAUAUUAACUUCCCUGCUAAUAUCCUUUCCUAGGUAUUUGCUCUUUGCAAAUUAAAAAAACAAAACAAUUGAGAGAAAGGAAAAUGUUGUAGAUAUCUAUUUAUAUUUAAAGUUUACAUUUCAUGAACUUCAGCUGCAAGAUUCUGGCAUUUUGCAUGCCAUUUUCCAUCAGAUGUGACUUCAGAGGAUAAUGACUCAGAAAUGUGUGCACAGACUAAUAGUUACUAUGUUAUCUGUUAAGGAGUGGAUAACAUGCAGCUUAGAAUGCUAUUUGAGAUGUAUGAUAUUCAAUUCAUUCACCUGAUUACUUUGGUCUAGUUGCAGCGCAACUGUAUAUAUUGUAUAACCUAAAUCAAUUCUUAUUUUCAUUGUCCUUAAUGCAGUGAUUUAUAAUUAGAGCAUGUUUAAUAAGUUUACUCUUCCUGUUAACUAGUCAUUUGACUGGAAAAAAAUAAAAUACUUUUAAAUUGA